CCAGGACCCCCUGGCAGCCUAGAAAUGGGACCAUUGACAUUUACAGAUGUGGCCAUAGAAUUCUCUCUAGAGGAGUGGCAGUGCCUGGACACAGCACAACAGAACUUAUAUAGAAAUGUGAUGUUAGAGAACUACAGAAACCUGGUCUUCCUGGGUAUUGCUGUCUCUAAGCCAGAUCUAAUCACCUGUCUAGAGAAAGAAAAAGAACCCUGGAAUAUGAAGCGACAUGAAAUGGUGGAUGAACCCCCAGUUAUAUGUUCUCAUUUUGCUGAAGACUUUUGGCCAGAGCAAGACAUAAAAGAUUCUUUCAAAAAAAUGACACUGAGGAGAUAUGAUAAAUGUGGACCUGAGAACUUACAAUUAAGAAAAGGCUAUAAAACUGUAGGUGAUUAUAAACUAUACAAAGGAGGUUAUAAUGGACUUAACCAAUGUUUGACACCUACCCAGAGCAAAAUGUAUCACUGUGAUAUAUAUGUAAAAGUAUUUUAUGCAUUUUCAAAUUCAGAUAGAUAUAAGACAAGACUUACUGGAAAGAAACCUUUCCAGUGUAAAAAAUGUGACAAAUCAUUUUGCAUGCUUUCACAACUAACUCAACAUAAGAUAAUUCACAUUAGAGAGAAUACCUACAGAUGUAAAGAAUUUGGCAAUGCCUUUAAUCAGUCCUCAACCCUUACUAACCAUAAGAGAAUUUAUGUUGGUGAGAAACACUACAAAUGUGAAGAAUGUGGCAAAGCAUUUAACCACUACUCAACCCUUACCAACCAUAAGAGAGUUCAUACUGGAGAGAAACCAUACAAAUGUAAAGAAUGUGGCAAAGCCUUUAGCAGGUACUCAACCCUUACUACCCAUAAGAGAAUUCAUUCCGGAGAGAAGCCCUACAAAUGUGAUGAAUGUGGCAAAACCUUUAGCAUAUCCUCAACCUUUACUAAACAUAAGAUAAUUCAUACUGAAGAGAAACCCUACAAAUGUAAAGAAUGUGGCAAAGCCUUUAACCGGUCCUCAACCCUUACUAGCCAUAAGAGAAUACAUACUGGUGAGAAACCCUACAAAUGUGAAGAAUGUGGCAAAGCCUUUAACUGGUCUUCAACUCUUACUAAACAUAAGGUAAUUCAUACUGGAGAGAAGCCCUACAAAUGUGAAGAAUGUGGCAAAGCUUUUAACCAGUCCUCAAGACUUACUCGACAUAAAAAAAUUCAUACUGGAGAGAAACCCUACAAAUUUGAAGAAUGUGGCAGAGUUUUUACCUGUUCCUUAACACUUACUCAAGAUAAGAAAAUUCAUACUGGAGAGAAACUCUACAACUGUGAAGAAUGUGGCAAAGUUUUUACCUGUUCCUCUACACUUACUAGACAUAAGAGAAUUCAUACUGAAGAGAAACCCUAUAAGUGUAAUGAAUGUGGCAAAGCUUUUAACCGGUCCUCACACCUUACUAGCCAUAGGAGAAUUCAUACUGGAGAGAAACCCUACAGAUGUGAAGAAUGUGGCAAAGCCUUUAAGCAGUCCUCAAACCUUAACAGUCAUAAAAAAAUUCAUACUGGAGAGAAACCCUACAAAUGUGAAGAAUGUGGCAAAGCUUUUAUCCUGUCCUCAAGACUUAAUCAACAUAAGAAAAUUCAUACUGGAGAGAAACCUUACAAAUGUGAAGAAUGUGGCAAAGCUUUUAACCGGUCCUCAAGACUUACUCAACAUAAGAAAAUUCAUACUGGAGAGAAACCCUACAAAUGUCAACAAUGUGACAAAGCUUUUACCCACUCCUCAAACCUUAGUAGUCAUAAGAAAAUUCAUACUGGAGAGAAACCCUACAAAUGUGAAGAAUGUGGCAAAUCUUUUAAUCGAUCCUCAAGACUUACUCAACAUAAGAAAAUUCAUACUAGAGAGAAACCUUACAAAUGUGAAGAAUGUGCCAAAGCUUUUACCCGGUCUUCAAGACUUACCCAACAUAAGAAAAUUCAUAGGCCGGGCGCGGUGGCUCACGCCUGUAAUCCCAGCACUUUGGGAGGCCGAGGCGGG